CGAAGGCCCGCACGGAGUAGUACCGGAUCGACCCAUCCGCCACGAGAUCAUCCUCGAGGACGGGGCCGUACCUCCGCGCGGUUGCAUCUACCGAAUGAGCGAGGAAAAGUUAAGUGUGCUUCGGGCACAAUUCAAUGACCUUCUGGAGAAAGGCUGGAUUCGGCCUAGCUCAUUGCCAUACGGUGCUCCUGUUCUCUUCGUCCGGAAGAAGAACAAGGACCUGCGGUUGUACAUCGAUUAUCGCAAGCUCAACACGCAGACGAUCAGGAACGCCGGUCCUCUCCCACGCAUCGUUGACCUUCUCGAGCGAUUGGGCGGUGCCCAGUUCUUCUCUAAGCUGGAUCUCAAGUCAGGGUACCACCAACUCGAGAUUCGCAAGGAGGAUCGCUACAAGACCGCGUUCAAGACACGGUAUGGGCAUUUCAAAUGGCUUGUUAUGCCGUUUGGCCUUACGAAUGCCCCAGCCACUUUCCAAGCGGCUAUGACAACGGAGUUCCGACACAUGAUGGAUCGUUUCGUACUGAUCUACCUCGACGACAUUCUGGUCUACAGCCGGAGUCUGGACGAGCAUGUGGAACACCUGCGCACCGUUUUGGAGUGGCUACGACAGGCCAAGUACAAAGCAAACCGCGACAAGUGCGAGUUCGCAGAGCAGGAGCUGGAGAUUGCUGCACCUAUGACGAGGUUACAGUCGCCAAAGGUGCCAUUCGUAUUUGAUGACAACGCACGCCGGUCAUUCCAAGCACUUAAGAUGGCUAUGCUCAUGGCACCCGUCCUUAGCAUUUAUGACCCCACCCUGCCGACGCGAGUGACUACGGACGCUUCCGGCUAUGGCAUUGGGGCAGUCUUGGAACAACAUGACGGCGACGACUGGCACCCUGUGGAGUAUUUCAGCCACAAAGUGCCUCCCAUCAACUCGCUUGAUGAUGCAAGGAAGAAGGAGUUGCUCGGAUUCGUGAUGGCUUUCAAGCGCUGGCGGCACUUCCUCCUUGGGCGUCGUAGGUUCACAUGGGUCACGGACAACAAUCAAUUGACCUACUACAAGACGCAGGACACGGUGAGCAGCACGAUCAGGCGAUGGAUGUACUUCAUCGACCAAUUUGACUUCACACCGAAACAUGUUCCCGGCCUCUCCAAUCGCGCAGCAGACGCACUCUCGCGAACACCUGAUCUUUGCGCUAUGACACAUCAUGCCUUCGCAUUCGACGGGGAGCUUCAGCGACACUUCAUCCGGGCAUAUCAGUCUGAUCCAGAAUUCGGCACGCUCUAUGCACAGCUACCUUCAGAUCACCCGCCGGCCAGCCAUUACCGCAUUGUCGACGGGUACUUGCUCCUCCACUCGAGAGGCAAGGACUUACUAUGUGUCUCACGCGACCGUCGUCUUCGGACUCUCCUCCUCGGUGAGUAUCAUGAUUCACGACUCGCCGGCCUUUUCGGAGUCAACCGCACUGUUGCACGGCUUCGACAACGAUUCCGAUGGCCUGACCUCAUUACCGAUGUCACUCGGUAUUGCGACUCGUGCGAAGUUUGCCGACGCAGCAAACCCCGCAACAGCAAUCCCUAUGGCGAGUUACACCCGAUGCCUAUCCCACGGGAACCCGGUCUCUCAAUUGCUAUGGACGUCACCGGUCCACUUCCUCGCGACCGGCUCGGGCACGACGGCAUCCUUACGGUGGUGGACCGAUUGAAAGACAUUGCCAGCGACCGCGACACUCGUUUCAUGCCGGCGUUUUGGACUGCUCUCAUGCAGGAGUCCGGCACAACUAUGAAACCAAGUUCGGCUCGACAUCCUCAGACUGACGGGCAGACGGAGCGGGCACAUCAAACCGCUCAAAUGAUGCUUCGUACGCUCAUCCGUCCGGACCAGAAAGAUUGGGUUGACCGCCUCCCCGACAUCGAGUUCGCCUACAACACUUCGGUGCACCCGGCGAUCGGCGUGACUCCAUUCGAGUUGCACCACGGUGGACGGAAAGGCCGUAUCUUCGCCGACCUUCUCCUCCCUCGACCAGCCGACAUUGACGCUGCCUGCUCUCCCGCUUCCGUCCGGAAGUACAGGGAAUUGCUGACUCAAGCCCGCGCAAAUAUGCAAAAGGCUCAAGUCCGCAUGCAGCAGCAAGCCAACAGGCGUCGCGUACCAUGUCCCAUCCACGCCGGUGAUCUGGCUUGGGUCUCCGUGGAAGAGUUUGCACUAGAACAGGAUGUUUCACGCAAACUGCUUCCCAAGUGGUUUGGACCUUGGUCUGUGACAGCAGCCGCGGGCGAUGAGCCCGAUGGCCCUUCAUUUGUGAUCAACAUUCGAGAGCAUCUGACGGUCCAUCCGGAGAUCGAGAUGAUUAGGAAGAACUCUAUACAGUGCCAGAACGAGACACGAAUUGUCAACGAGGCACUGGAUCAGGCACGGGAAGAACUCGAUAGAACACGGGGAAUUGCAGAACAAUGGAGGGAGAGGAUGGAGAGUGUGGACAGGGAUUAUCAACGGCUGGAGCAGCAACACGUAGAGGUCGUGCAUGAACUGUCUGACAUCAGCAGAAGACCAAUGUACGUGACGACGUCUCCAGUGCAGACUGCCAGCAUACACCAGGAUACCGGGGAUCUGCCACGGUGCAGUGCCAGGCUCGCAGUUCGUGCUCGACCUACGGUACCUCCACGAACCAAGGCUCAGCAACAGAGACUCAGCAGGCGGACGACUCCAGCGGCAUCGAGUACAUCAUUGACGGUACUGGACACCACCGGAGUUCUUCCCGCAUGCCCGGUCCGAAGGGCCAGUGAGCCGUUGGCUGACUAUUUUGGGCGGCUACAGGUAUUUACAGAUGCCGUAGCUGCCGCCAAGGCUCAGCAGGAGGCAGCAGAGGCAGAACGUCGGCGGCUGGCCAAUGAGGCAGCAGCUCAAGCUCAGCAGACUGCUGAGGCUGACGCAGCGGCACGAGACCAAUGGAAUGCCGCCAGUACGGAGUCCCUGAUUCAUAGUGAAAGUCAGUGGACAACGUUCCUCCAAGGCAUGAUCUUUGUGCCUUCGGACGCGCAGGCAGAUCCGACACCGGCGGAGGCAGARAGGACUCACCUGGCUAACUUGAUGCCGGGCAUGAUGAGAGGCAUCAUGUGGAAUAACACACUGCUGCAGGCACAUCUGCGCACGGAACGACAGCAGCGACAAAAGUACCAGCUAGACAUUGUUGUUUUAACAACUGCCAUCCGCGCCGAAGCAACGCAGCAGCAGCAACAACAUCAGCUGUUGAACUCCGCUCUCGCACGCAUCAACAGCAUUGAGGCUAACGCCUCAGCAGCGCCAGGCUGCACGACAGACGCGACGAAGCAACUCAAUGAGCGCAUCGAUCACGUCGUCACCAUCAUUGGCGACAUAGGUGUUUUCAAUGGGCCGGACACGAUCAGUAGCACGGUGGCCGCCAUCAAGACGGACAUCACCAAGCUGCAGACGAGUCCGGACGCCGCUACAAAGACUUACAAGAUGCCGCACUUCGACAUCAGCAAGUUCGAUGACUACAACAAAUCGGACGCCUUGACAUGGUGGCAACGUUUCCUCACGGAAGCAUCAUGCCGCACUGUCCCGGCAGACGACAUGAUGAAGGCACUCUACUUGCAACUAAUUGGAGGAGCGCAGGCUUGGAUGAACCAUCUGGCGGCUACCAACAAAUGCACCAUCGCCGACCUCCACACACACAUCACGUGGAAWGAGUUCGAGAAGCUAUGGUUCACCCGGUUCAUGGUCCGCAACGUCGUGAAGGCGGCCAUGAACGAGGUGUACACCUGCUCUCAAGGAAAUAUGCCAACUCGAGACUGGACAACCAAGUGGCAGAAGAUAGUGACCACGCCAGGAUUCGAUUUGAGUUUUCCAAAUCAACGAUCCGAGUUCUUCUCGCGAUCGUGCGCGGGACUGCGGUCGGCACUCGGCAACGAGUACGACUAUGACACGUUCCAGGCCAUUCUGGAUCGUGCGAACUUAGUCAUCCAAAAUGAUAAUAAAGGCCGCAAACGAACGGCAGUCCCAGCCGCAUUAUGUGGCUAAGCAGGGCUAUCAACGUCCGGCACAUAACAAUGCCAUGAUUUCUGAAGAAACAGACGAUCUCCACGCUGCAGCAGCAUCCUCGAGUGGUGGAGGAAUUGUAGCAGCGCUCCCGCCGAAGCGUCCCAAGAGAGUUCGGAAGAACAAGGCGACACAAGAGACAGCAUCGACGGGAACUGGGCAGCAGCCAUGGACGGCUUACAAGAUAACCAAGGAUGUCUAUGACCUUCGUCAAAAGUACGGAUACUGCCUCUGGGGCAACGGCGUCACUCAUGUGACCGCACAAUGCCCCGA